UUGCCGCCAAUUCUGAGCAGUCGACGCACAGAGUCGUUUGCGUGCGUACGUUGUUAGCGACACAAUUCAACGCAGUUGUGAAACAGCAGUCAUUGAAUAUUACGAUCCGCGUUUAACGCUUUACUACAAUAUUUUUAUCGUUUCAUUAAUAAUCAAAGAUAUAAAGUGGAAUGUGCUUAUGAAGUUAUUGCAACAGAAGUGUUUAGUGCAGUUGUAAAUGUUCAAAUGAUUAGAAAAAUUGGAUUAUCUCAUGACAACAGUUCAAACAUCGCAAUUUAUUCAUACACAGAUGACCUACGUUUGCAAAUGUUUAUGAGCCACCACAAGCUCUGGUGCCCGCUCUAGCAUAAAAAUGUAUUAUGCUUAUCAAAUUUAGACCGGUUCUUUAAAUCGCAACGCAGUUUCGCAGUUUAAUUACGAUAUCUAGAAGAUAAUACGCGCUGGUUACUGCCGCGGCUGCAGGCCACCCUGCGCCAUCUUCCUUCACCUCGUCCGCUGUUUUACUUCACAUGAGGUGGGGAAGUGUGGCGUGCACUUUGCUGCUCGCCAUUAUAGCGAUUGUUUCAGGUAUAAAUACUACACACGAUGAGUUCUCGCUAGCAGUGACAGCAUGUGUUGCUGGCGACGGGAAAGAUGCCGCACCGGCCUUAGCCGAGCUUGCCGCAUUGACAUUACGAAGAGCCGGCAUCAAAGCCCACGCAGUUCCUCCCCCUAUUACGUGCAUAUCACCAUCCCGAGCUGACUCAUAUUCUUGCCGCAAAUCUGUCCUUGCAGAAUUAGGACAAGCUAGACUUCACGUAGCUAUGCUAUCAGUGCCAGCAGCUAGUGUCCCAGAAGCAUGGUUGCUACGUGGUACGGGUUUCGAUGAUUUGGGUGAUGUUACGCCACCUACACGAAGAGUGUGUGUCGCAUCACCACCAGCACGAUCUCUUUUAGAUUUAGCGGAUAGUAAUGUAGCGCAGAAAUAUCAUAUAUCACCAAAUGAAAUAGCCGUGGUGCUAGGAUCUCAAACUCUAGAUAAUACGUCUUCGAAGUAUAAAUCCAUUGAACCCUUGACAAUAUUGGAACCACAAUGGUGUAAUGGAAAUACCACCUGUGCAACAUUAUUCACUAGUGACGACGGAGAGGCGAAACUCUUACAUUCAGUUGUUAAAAAUAAUAAUCUCCGAGCAUCAGUUGUUCCACUAGGAAUUAAUUUACACCGAAUUACACCAAUUUUCGGAAACAGGUCCCUGAUUUGCGACUGGACUGAGCAUUUCAAAGCACCAUACCUUCAACUUGGACCGCCGCCAUGUGGUGGUAUUGAUCCAGAUUGGUGCUCUUUCGAAAGUCGACGUUUGGUUAAAUGGAUUAACACAACGGCUUUAGCAAGAUCCCCAGCUGCGUUACGAAUUAUGACUCGGUUCCGGAUAAAUCUUUUUGAAUUGCAAGAACUGGCGGAGAAAAAAAGACAAAUUGGAACGGAAGCAGCCGCGCUAGACUUUUUGACAGCCCAUCCUACUCGAGGGAAUUCUCGUCAACUACGAGUCGUGGUAUUCUUACCAGUUGCAACCAUACGUGAAGUGUAUGACUCCUCAGCACUGGCUGCCGCUGCAGCAUUAGCUGAUAGAGACCUAGAAGAUAUAUUUCCUGGAAUAGCAUUUUUUAAAGUUCAAACAUACGACGACCGUUGCAACGCAGCGGAAGCGUAUAAAUACUUAAUAGAUGCAUUAGGAACUGGGGAGUAUGAUACUCUGACCGCGGCUGUGGGUCCAGCUUGCGGGGCGCCCUUUGCCGAUGUGGUUAGACAGGGCCCAGCACACGGUCUCCCUGCGCUAGCAUACACAGCACAGUCACCUCCAGCUCCUCCAGCGGCUCCAAUAGCUUUAUUAGCUGCCGGAGAUGCUAGAACUCCAGCUGAAGCUAUUUCUGCUUUGAUGGGGUCUUUGGGCUGGAGACGUGUCGUCUCAUUGAGUGAGGCGUCGACCCAUUCAGCUCUUGCCACGGCCAGUCUGGGUGUAGACUUCGUAGUCCAUUUGGAACUGCCGGAUGAUCGUUUGGAAAAUGAUCCGGCUAUUUUUGCACAGUGGGCAGAUCGAGCCGCACGUACAAACGGAAGAAUAAUCUACAUCUGCGUAGAAGACGCGAGGGCAGUACGUCGAGCUCUAUGCGCCGGCCACAAAUCCGGUCUAACCCCCAGGAAUGGAGCUGUCUGGAUCCUCCCCUCCACACUUCCCCCCACUUGGGACAUACCUACGGAAUCCGAUACGUGUUCCGCGGAGGAAAUCGCAGAAAUGGCCAUGGGACAUAUUUCCGUGGCUCCUGAUUGGUUGAUGCCGUGGUUGGAAGAUGAGGUCUCAAACAAAACUGUAUCAGAGGAAAAUGAAGCUUGGAAAUCGCGGUGGCGUGAAGCUUGUACAUGGCUUAAAGUGGAUUGCAAGAAUCCUGGACCACAUGCAGUAUUAUUGUAUGAUACGUUACGGCUAUGGGCUAGUACACUGAAACAACUAAUCGCUGAUACACCCACUGCGCUGAAUGAUCUACAUGAACCAAAUCUUAUUAGAACGUUAUUGGCAAAUGCAACAGCAUCAGAGUAUGUUGGACUAACUGGCAAAUUUGAAUGGACUAAACUCGGAGGUGACAACGGCGCAGUAUACGCCCGAACCUCACCUCUUAUCAUUUACCAAUGGGAUGGUCACCAACGGCGGAAAAUCGCCCGCUGGUCAAACAACAAACUCGAAUUCGAAAGUUCUUUGAAAUGGUACACCGCAGAUGGUCACGUCCCAGAUGAUGGCCAUGAAACAUGUGCCCUGCAAUCAUUAGCUGAUGCAUUCCGGAUAGAAUGCCGCACUGCGUCCAUUCUCCUUGCAUCAUCAUUGUUAGCAUUUACAGUGACUCUACUAACAGCUCUGGUAAUAUAUUGUAAACGUCGCGCUGAGAAAAAGUAUCGCGCGAAAUUAGAAGCUUUGACGUUACGAAGACUAACAGUCGGGAAAACAGUAGGUUUGGAUCCGUGGGAGAUCCCCCGAGAGCGAGUAGUUAUCAAUCGAAAGCUAGGUAUGGGGGCAUUUGGAACAGUUUAUGGUGGUCACGCGUUAUUAGCUGAAGAUCGAGGUUGGACGGCCGUGGCAGUGAAAACUCUCAAAGCCGGUGCUAGUAAUGAAGAAAAGGUUGACUUUCUGUCUGAGGCAGAAGCUAUGAAACGCUUCGAUCACAAGAACGUUGUACGUCUACUGGCUGUCAUAACGAAGACCGAACCUGUUUGUACAGUAAUGGAAUUCAUGUUAUAUGGAGAUCUGAAGAAUUACCUUCUAGCUAGACGGCAUUUAGCCAACGCCGAUAGCAGUGACGAUCCAGAAGAACAGGUGUCAGCUAGACGCUUAACUGGGAUGGCUUUGGACGUGGCUAGAGCACUGUCCUAUCUUGCUCAAAUGAGAUACGUGCAUAGAGACGUAGCAGCUAGGAAUUGUCUAGUGAGUGCAAGACGGGUUGUGAAAUUGGCAGAUUUCGGAAUGACAAGACUUGUUUUUGAGAAUGAUUAUUAUAGAUUUAGCAGGAAAGGAAUGUUACCAGUUAGAUGGAUGGCACCAGAAAGUCUGGCAUUCGGGAUAUUCUUACCAGCUUCAGAUGUGUGGUCAUUUGGGGUAUUGUUGUAUGAAAUAGUCACGUUUGGGUCGCUGCCAUAUCAAGGACUGAGUAACAGUGAAGUAUUGGCGAAAGUGAAAGCGGGACAGACUAUCGCUUUGCCGGCGGGAUUGAAACCACAGUUAGAGGGGCUCAUAAAAUCCUGCUGGCAGGCGGAAUACAAAGCCCGUCCCACCGCGUCAGAAGUUGCCGCAUUCAUAGCGGACACCCCACGACUGCUGACACCCUGCCUCGAUGUUCCGCUGGACGCACUCACCCUUGAUGCUGACUCUUGGCGGCUACCGAAAGAGAUUGCUGAUGCUCGGUGGGUGUCCUGGGCAGCUCCUGCAUCAGCGACCACAGACACCACGUACCUUAGUACAGAUGGACCGAGGGAAAACGAUAGGUUUCUUCCAUAGAAUUAGCGCAUUAGUUCUGUAAAUGAGAAUUCUAGA